GCAGCUGCUGCCGCCGCCACAGGAGCCUUGAUCCCCGUGCACCGGACUCCCCGGGCCUCGCCAUGGCUGACCAGCUGACCGAGGAGCAGAUCGCAGAGUUCAAGGAGGCCUUCUCCCUGUUCGACAAGGAUGGCGAUGGUACCAUCACCACCAAGGAGCUGGGCACGGUGAUGCGGUCGCUGGGGCAGAACCCCACGGAAGCCGAGCUGCAGGACAUGAUCAACGAGGUGGACGCUGAUGGGAAUGGGACCAUUGACUUCCCGGAGUUCCUGACGAUGAUGGCUCGAAAGAUGAAGGACACGGACAGCGAGGAGGAGAUCCGGGAGGCCUUCCGAGUCUUUGACAAGGAUGGGAACGGGUACAUCAGCGCCGCUGAACUGCGCCACGUCAUGACGAACCUGGGCGAGAAGCUAACGGACGAGGAGGUGGACGAGAUGAUCAGGGAGGCCGACAUAGACGGCGAUGGCCAGGUCAAUUACGAAGAGUUCGUACAGAUGAUGACUGCAAAGUGAAGGCCAGGCAGCUGGCAAUGCCCCUUCUCUCAAUCUCUCUCCUCGCGGCGCGCCCUCUCUCUUCAACACUCCCCCCCGAGUACCCAGUUCCAGAUACCACCAAGGGACUGACUGAGCGUCUGAUACAGCAACAGAAGAUGUGUCCCAGCUGCAUGACUGCUCUUUCUCCCCCUCCUCUGUGCCCCCCCCCCAACUGCCUUUUGCUCUCCUUUGCUCCUGGCCCCUCCCCCAGCCUGCCAAUCCCACGCCCCAACCCCGCCCCACCCUGUUAGGGAGCCCCUGCCCUCCUCCCCAGGCGGCCCCUCCGCCCGUUCAGUUUGUCUCCUUUGCACUUGUCACCUUCUGGAUGCUGGGCUGGUGACCACCCCAGUCCUGGGGACUACUGGGGAGGGGCAGGGCCCCUGCUGCUGGCACCCCCCCAGCCUGGGAAGCCCAUGGGCAAAGCCGAGCAGCCUCCUGGGCCAGGGGCACCCCCAGAAAGGCAAUGGAGGACAGAGGGUGGAGCAAGGGGACCGGGGAGGCCAUGUCGGCUGGACGUGGCCCAGGAGGGGUCGCAUGGCAGGUGUCGGGGGCCGGUGUCCAAAACCGGUGUUGGCUCCCAUUAAGGGGCUGCUCCGAGACGGGGCUCCCACGCAGCAUGAGCAGCGCAGACCCUGUUCAGCCCCCACAGCCCAGCUAGGAUUUGCCCUCGGUGGCCAAGCUGAGGGGUGGCUGGGCCCAAGUCCCUAAGCAGGCUGGAGCUCUUGUGUAAAUACCUGGUGCUAACGACCUGUCCCCACCCCACCCCCAGUCCUGCACUCUCCAACCUGCCUGGGGUCCCACUGUCUACAGAGAUGUGGGGCUGGAUGGUCUGUAAGGGGCCGGCAUGCCUUUCACCACCACCCCUCCUUUAAUGCCCCUGCAAACUGUUUUCAUUUGUCCUAAACCAUUCGGGCUAGCCAAGAGGUGGGGGGAGGGCAAGCAAUGCCCUCCCCCCUCCCCCAAGCUUCCAGAGAAGGGACCUUUAAUAAGGACAGGACAUCCGGGCGGCAGUCUCUGCCCCGGGCCUGUGGGCACCUCCUGCUUCACCCUGGUGACCCAGCGGCCCUGUCCCAUCUGUGCCCUCCUCUCCCUGGCCCACCUGCCUGCCCCCUCCACCCCCACCCCACCCCACCCCCAGCGGAGAGCAUGAUCCGUGACCUUGCUUCUGACUUUCGCCUCUGGGACAAGUAAGUCAGUGUGGCAGUUCAGUCUGGUGGUUUCUGUUUUCUUGAGGUUUUUCUCUUCCUUUGUUUUUUUACUUCUUUGCCUUCGGUUCAUUUCAUCGCUCCACCCCACCCCAUGCCCUCCACCCCCACUGCCCAGUUCAAUCAAGUGGCUUUUCCUGGGACCUGCUCAGCUUUUCAAAUCCCCUCCUCCACCCCAUUGGCCUUCGGCCUCCAAGGGAGGGGCAGGAGGGGCCCUAGUGGGAGACCAGUCUUGUGCUGUGGACAGGGGCAGGUAGGCGGGAGGCUAUGGAUGUUUCUGGUGUUUGGGGGUUGUUUUUCUUGAUUUUGUUUUGGGUUUUUUUUUUUAACCGGGCAAUAUUGUGUUCAGUUCAAGCUGUGAAGAAAAAGAUAAUAUCAAUGUUUUCCAAUAAAAUACAGUGACUACCUGA